AAUACAAUAAGGUGAGUGUUAUGGUUUGGGCCGAGAUGUCCCCCAAAGCCUCAUGAGGUCUUGAUCUAGAGUACGUGAACCUGGAAUUGAUUCAUGAUGCAACGUCAGGCUCAAGGGCACUAGGAUUAGGGGGUGAGUGUUGCCUGCCCCAAGUAGCCUGAAUAAGAUAAAAGGGGCAGAAAGAUGCUGGUAACCCCCUUGUUGCCUUUGCUACGUUGUGUGUGUCAUGUUGUUUUUCCUCUGUGAGGCCUGUUUAUCAUCCUUGUCUUGGAGUCGGCUGAUUAUGGACUGAAACCUCUACGAAUUGUAAGCGAAAUAAACCCCUUCCCCUCUAACUUUGGGUGUCGGGUAUUUGUCUCAGCAACAAAAGAAAAGUAACUAACACAGAAACUUGGUACCAGAGAAGUGAGGUCGUUGCUGUGAUGCUACCUGACCAGGUGGCUCAAAGACCUUUGGAAGUGGCUUGUGGGAAGGGGAAGAGUUAGGAAGGAUUGGGCGGUGUUGACCACAGAAGUAGCACUAGAGCACCUUCAACUGUUCUGUAUGGAAAUUCUGGUCAGAGCCCAGAAGACCAGCAGGCUGGUAAAGACCGGGCUCUGGAAGUUUCAGCUAGGAAGAGGGACUGCCUUGGCUGCUGGACUCCAGGUGUGUUAUGGCUUGGCAGAAAGUUUGUCUGCAUUUGGUUCGAGUCCAGAGACUUUGCCUGAGACUGAGAUUAGGGGCAGUGUACUAAUUAAUCUUGCAGAAGAAAUUUCCAAGCAGUCGAAUAUUGAGGCUGUAUCAUGGCUACUGUUGGGGGCUUUUAGCCAGAUCUAUGUUGAGAAUCCAGAGCAAAAGGCCCAGAAGAAUGAUUUAAAAUGUUCUGAGUUUGGGACCUUGCACUUGCAAGGCAGGCGGUGGCACCACUGAGCCAAAUACCCGACAAGAAUGCAUCUUUAUGGUGCUAAUUGAUCAUGGAAAUAAUCUGGUAAUGGACUAGGAUGUUUAUAAUGAAGCCAUAUGUUUAUCUGGAUUUAAAAUUUUUAAGCAAUCAUUUACUAUGUCAUUCUGCUUUACCUUGAAGAACUGUAGACUUAUUUCUGUUAUACAAAUCAGUAAGAUCUUAUUUAUAGCAAGAAAUACUCCAUUGAAAUGUUGUGCUGUAAUGUGGGGCAAUGUAAAUGUUUUUCAUGGUUUCUAUCAAUGUGAAAUAAAAUAUAAUUCUGAAAAAAAAGUUCUGAGUUUGGCCGGAAAGGAAGCUCCAGUAAAGCUGUGGACUGCAGAGAUGGAGCAGAGGACAUCUUGACUGCUGAGAAGGAACAGGAGAAUAGAAAAGGUGGCCUGAGAGAAUCACAAGAAAAAGGAUUCCACCUUCUGCAACCUCAAAAUUGCAAAAGUGAAGGACUUUGCUUUGAGAAGGAAGCCCCAGAGCACCAUGUUCCAGAAUGGCAGCGGACUGGGGAAGAUGUACCAAAAUGGUGGCAGCCUAGAGAAUUUGUUCCUUGGGAUUGGGUUCAGAGUGUUUGGCGAUCCAGGCGCUCAACCCCAGGCACUCCAGCCAAGAGAGAAGGAAGCCUGGCUACAGCCCAGGUGGCAGCAGACCCUGGCAUCACCCACAUGAUGCUGGUUUUAGGUGCCUGCGGAAUGCAAAAAGAUUUCAGAAGAAGGCCUGGGAGGCCAGGCAGGGUACCCCUGAGAGGGCAAUGUGUGAAGCUGUGAGUGUGAAGCUGAAGGUGUAGUGGAGACCCCAGAAGUUUGGAGAAGCCAGGAGUGUGGAUUGCCUAAGAAAAACUGCAAAGAAGGAGCAGAGCUGGCCCCAGAGAGAAGCUAUGGGAGCUACAACCACCAGAAGUGCUGUAGGGACGGAGCCACCAAGCCCUUUGGCGUUCACAACUUGCCGCAGAUUGCCUUGGAUGCUGGAAGUGGCACUGUGGGAUGCUGGAUGUUUGGCCUGCUGGAUUUUGGACUUGCCUUGGUCCCUUUUCUUUGUAUCCCUGUGUUUGUACUUUUUGGAAUGGUGAUGUUUAUCUUGUGCCAUUGAGUAUUGGAAAUGUUUAACUUGUUUUUGUUUGUACAGGGGCUUGCAGCUAAGAGUUUGCCUUAAACCUCAGAGGAGACUUUGGACUUGGGACUUUCAGCAACACUGAAACUGUUAGGACAUUGGCAACUCUUAGAGACGGACUAAAUGGCUUCUGCCUAACGGGAUACAAUCACAGAUCGUGCAUGGGCUGGCUCUGGUCACAGGCUGUGCAGUAUCCUGUCACUUCUGGGAGUGAGGAGCAGCGGAUCAUCUCAUUCCCCUCCGUGAACAGGAGGACGUGGCCUGGAGCAUGUGGUGUGUCCUGCGAUGCUGCAGGCCCGGGCGCCUGGGCUCACGGACAGCCCUGGCCUCUGCUGCCCUGGGGAGCCGCGCUCUGGCCCGCGCUGGCUGCAGCGGUGGGGACUCCGAGUACAGCUACGUGGUGGUGGGCGCGGGCUCGGCGGGCUGCGCGCUGGCCAGCCGGCUCUCCGAGGACCCGGCCGAGCGGGUGCUGCUGCUGGAGGCCGGGCCCAAGGACCUCCGUGCGGGGAGCAAGCGCCUCCUGUGGAAGAUCCACAUGCCCGCGGCCCUGGUUGCCAACCUGUGCGACGACAGGUACAAUUGGUGCUACCACACGGAGCCGCAGCAGGGCCUGGACGGCCGCGUGCUGUACUGGCCGCGGGGGCGCGUGUGGGGCGGCUCGUCGUCGCUGAACGCCAUGGUGUACGUGCGCGGGCACCCCGAGGACUACGAGCGCUGGGAGCGCCAGGGCGCGCGGGGCUGGGGCUACGGGCAAUGCCUGCCCUACUUCCGCCGCGCGCAGGCGCACGAGCUGGGCCCCGGCCGGUACCGCGGCGGCGAUGGCCCUCUGCGCGUGUCCCGGGGCAAGAGCCGCAACCCGCUGCACCAGGCCUUCCUGAGCGCUGCGCAGCAGGCCGGCUACCCGCGCACCGAGGACAUGAACGGCUUCCAACAGGAGGGCUUCGGCUGGAUGGACAUGACCAUCUAUGGAGGCAAGCGCUGGAGCUCGGCCUGUGCUUACCUGCACCCAGCACUGAGCCGCCCCAACCUCAGGGCUGAGGCGCGGACCCUGGUGAGCAGGGUAUUGUUCCAGGGCACCCGAGCAGUGGGCGUGGAGUACCUCAAGAGUGGCCGGAACCACAGGGUUUAUGCCAGCAAGGAGGUGAUCCUGAGUGGGGGUGCCAUCAACUCCCCGCAGCUGCUCAUGCUCUCAGGUGUCGGGAACGCAGAUGAUCUCAAGAAACUGGGCAUCCCCGUGGUGUGCCACCUGCCUGGAGUUGGCCAGAACCUGCAGGACCACCUGGAGGUGUACAUUCAGCAGGCGUGCACCCACCCGAUCACCCUCCACUCUGCCCAGAAGCCCUUGCGGAAGCUCUGCAUCGGUCUGGAGUGGCUCUGGAGAUUCACAGGGGACGGAGCCACUGCCCACCUGGAAACAGGCGGGUUCAUCCGCAGCCAGCCCGGGGUCCCCCACCCCGACAUCCAGUUCCAUUUCCUGCCUUCCCAAGUCAUUGACCACGGGCGGGUCCCCACCCAGCAGGAGGCUUACCAGGUGCAUGUGGGGACCAUGCGGGCCACCAGUGUGGGCUGGCUCAAACUGAGAAGCGCCAGCCCGAAGGACCACCCUGUGAUCCAGCCCAACUACUUGUCAACAGAUACCGAUAUCAAGGACUUCCGUCAGUGUGUAAAGCUGUCCAGAGAAAUCUUUGCGCAGGAAGCCCUGGCUCCCUUCCGGGGCAAGGAGCUCCAGCCGGGAAGCCAUGUGCAGUCAGACAAGGAGAUAGACGCCUUUGUGCGGGCAAAAGUCGACAGUGCCUACCACCCCUCGUGCACCUGUAAGAUGGGCCAGCCCGCGGAUCCCAUGGCCGUGGUGGACCCCGAGACCAGGGUCCUGGGGGUGGAGAGCCUCAGGGUUGUGGACGCCUCCAUCAUGCCCAGCAUGGUCAGCGGCAACCUGAACGCUCCCACCAUCAUGAUCGCAGAGAAGGCAGCUGACAUGAUUAAGGGGCUGCCUGCACUCUGGGACAAGGACGUUCCUUUCUACAAGCCCAAGACGCUGGCCACCCAGCGCUGAUGCAGCCACUGCCUGAGGACAAUCAGAGAAGCCCCUGGCGAGCCAAGAAGACUGACCGACACGGACCUUGCUCCAAGUGCUCUCUCCUGAACUGUCCAGGCCGCUGGGACCCCGAUGGCCCCACUCAGUGGCCGAGGACUGGAAAGGAUCUUAGGGUGUGUGACCAGAGCUAGUCAGCGAGUCACGUUCUUUUUCUCCAGUGUUUCCUGUGGUCCCUGUGGGGGAGGCCAGCAUUCAGGCCAGGCCCCUCCUCCCUGCCUCCUUCAGGGGACAGAGCUGGGGGCCCGUAGAGGCAGAAGGUUCACUUAGGCCGCGUCCUUUCUCAUCUCCACGUGGCCUGCUUCAGCCCAGGGUCCUGCUGCCUCCUGGGAGUGGUUCUCUGCCAGGCCCUCUCGGGAGGGGCUCUGCACAGCGGCUGUGUGGCUGCCAGGUGCAAGCUGAGCUCCCUGAGCAGCCCAGCAUUGCGCUGGUCAGCUCAGCCCUGGCUUCCGUUUCUCGCCAUCCUCACUUCACACUCAGGCUCGCUGGGUGACGGAGGGGCUUACUGCCCCACGCUGGUGCUCUGCUUCUUAAGAAAUACGGUCUCAAUAGAGGCUUUCUUGACCUUGUUCAAGCAGAGAAGGCCACUUGCGCCUCGUUACCAAAGCUUUCACGAUUUAACAUUUUAGAAGAUCUUCCUGUUACCAGGAAACACAGAAGCCUUGAGCCAGCCCCUCGUAGUAGGGCACCGCGUCAGCUUCAUCCGGAAGCAGCGGUCCUGAGAGAACCUCUCGGGCCCUGGGAAGCGGCCCAGGAGAUGGAGCUGCCCCAUACAGACAGGGCUGCUGGAUUCUUAUUCUCUACACACCCGUGGGAACAGAUGAAAAUGGUGCCGAGAGAGCUGGAAAAGCAGUUAAGUACAACUGGUGAAAGAAAACUAAUGGAGAAGACUGGAGUUUUCAGGAGAACAAAAGCAGAUACAAGUACCAUUUACAGCAGCUUUUUGAUCUUUAAAUUCCUUGUAACUCAGUCCUGUAAUCCAGUAACUUGUUAACCGAGGUGCCUCAUCCAGACUGUUUUUACCAGGGAACAACUCCUAAUGCAUUGUGGAUUGAUUUUUCUCAAGAUAUCCAAAGCCACCACCUGUAGCAGGGAAGAAAACAGUUGCUAUCUGGAAACCUGCCGCACUGAGCCCAGAAUAAGGAGAAAAACUUGGGAGUUUCUGGGAAAAAAACCUUCCAGAAAGGUAGAAAGAGGAAAACUAUCACACUUCUUUUUCUUUUCUUCCUUUUCUUCCCCACUAAGUUGCCCAGGCUGGCCUCGAACUCGCGUCUUGAAUAGGUGAGCUGACAAGUGUGUAUCACCAUGCCUGACUUCUUUCUUUUCAAACUUCAGGCAGCUCUUGUUUAAUCUUACCUAUAUCUUACUGGGUUUCUUGUUCUAAGAGAGGGUCAGAAAAGACAUUUUUAAGUCUACCAAGAGGUUUCUCCCAGGGAGUCUCCUGUCCCGCCAUCCACGGCCACCCAUCCCCUGGGUCCUGCAGGCGAUGCAGGAAUGGCCCUGCUAGCCAUAGUCUUGUGGGGAGUCGGAUAAACUUUUUAGCUCAACUCCUUGGCAAAAAGCCUGUAAUACCUAAAAAGUGGAAGCCAGUGUUUUGCAAAAACAUAGUUGAAAGGGCCUAACAGAAAGCAGUACAUACGCACAGAGCCCCAAAGAGUCCUGUCCCAGAAAGGAACCCUGCUCUUACGCCACUAGAGGUUCCCAACAGUAAGAGACAGCCCACAGAGGGGAGCAGGACCAUCUCCCAGCACAACCAGAAAUGGCGAGUCUAGAAGUGGGAGGCUGUGUCCUAAGGUACAGCCCUUCCACUUCCAGGGCAGGCUGUGGCAGUAGUUUUCAUAAAUUCAAAUAGAUUCUUUGCUCCACCCAAACCACAUCCUGCUCCCCAAAGGCUUUUUCAUAUUUCCAUUGAUAAACUCACAUGACAUCAGAUCUGUCACACAGAUUUCUUUCUUUUAAAAGUCAGAAGGAAGUAAGCCCCCCCUCUUCCCAAGCCCUGGCUGCAACACAGGUGGCCCUGCUGGCUCCUUCCUCCAGUGCCCCACCUCCAUGAUGUCUUCAGAUCACCCUCCAGGCUGUUCUGAUGUUGGAAGCUGGGCCCAGGUCUGCUCCUCACUCUCCACUGCCCUCCCAGCUCCCCAGAGAGGAGGAGAAAUGACUUCCCAACAAAUGAAAGCAUAGCCGGAGUCCGCUUUUGAGGUGGAGUGGCAGCAGGGGAGUUGGGGCUUGGUGCAACACGUCAGCUGUGUGGCUAACCCGUUUUUACAAGUAAGUCAGCUGUCCAUCCUAAAAAUAAAAUCCUGUGGAAAAGGUGGUCACACGGACACUUUAGCCUGUAAAAACUACAUCAUGUGGGCCGGGGAUUUAGCUCAGUGGUUUUGCUGCCUGCUGCGCAAGCACAAGGACCCGAGUUCGAUCCCCGGUACCACAAAAUGAAAAAACAAACCUACAUCAUGUGAGACAAACCAUUCUGGCCUCUUUCAAGAGUGGAGUCACAGUUGGGUGGGUGGUACCUCCAGCUGCCAUCUUCCCAGGCAGGUAGCACCCACACCAGGUGCCCAGAGGCUUCUGCUGCCCUCCUGGACCCCCACCCCCACCCCAGCCUUUGCUGGUGCCGCAUACACUAGAGCUGGGAUAUGCCAUUUGGCUAAGCAGAUGCCCACACCCUGAGUAGAGUAGGUGGCUCUUUUUGGUACCAGGAAUCAAACUCAGGACCUUGCACUUGCCAGGCAGGUGCGGUGCCACUGAGCUAAAUCCCUGGCCCAUAGAGUCUGUUAACUACGUCCUCACUGUUCACUGACAGUUAAAUCACAGUAGGCAUUUUUACUUUGUUAUUCAUAAAGACACAAAUUAUUCUAUUCUUAGGGACACAGGGAGAGAAGAUAAACAAAAAAAUAGAGAUGUUUAAUCCUGAAACUUUCCUAAAAGAAAGGGAAAAGAACCAUGCUCUACAACUUCAAAUUUUUCUUACAAAGAGAAAUUUAAUAUUAGACGAGAGGCUGAACCAGGCUUCAAGCAGACAGACGCUGGGAAAUGGUGCAGCCUGUGAAACACCAGUGUUCAUGGACUGGGGAAGAGACCAUCGCCUGUUCUAGAACACACCGUCCCGGGGUGGCAGUUUCAGCUGCCGAUGUCCAGCCACAGUCAGACCAACGCCCAGCAGACACAGAGUCCAAGAGAAUGUCGACAGUGUUUAGCCCUUUAGGAGAGGAGGUGCCCUCUGCAGCUGGUAUUAAGUCACCUCUGGCAUGCAAGGAGCCCGAGCCCGAGGCUGAGGAAAAGCUACCUGAUUCUAGAGCUGCCCUGGAGAGCCCGCUCCCCGCUCCUCGGAAGCUCUCACUGGCAAAGCCAGCCCUUUGCAAGGGAAGCUCCCAGAUACAAUGAAGUUACACAGUUUCGUUCUGAAGAACAUUUUGCAUUUUAAUAAAAAAAGCUUUAUGUCAGGAAAGAGUCAUUUA